CUUGCACGGAAAUAGAUAGUCAGUGACCAACAUUUGUUCUGUCACAUCCUCUGAAACUGUCAUUUCACAAAUUGUCAGGAGGAGGAAAAGAUGGAGAGAGAGCCACAGAAAAUUCGAGAGGGUUACCUUGUAAAGAAGGGCAUGUUUAAUAAAUGGAGGCCAAUGUGGGUAACAUUGCUGGAGGAUGGAAUAGAAUUCUACAAGAAGAAAAGUGACAGCAGCCCAAAGGGGAUGGUACCACUAAAAGGAGCCGUUAUUACAAAUCACUGUCAGGAGUACAGUAAAAGAAUGUUUGUGUUUAAGCUGACCACUGCUAAACAGCAGGAUCACUUUUUCCAAGCAUCUCACCAUGAAGAGCGUGACGCUUGGGUUAAGGACCUAAAAAGAGCAUCAAAAUGCAUUGCAGAUGGUCAAAAGUUUGCAAGAAAAUCCACCAGAAAAUCUAUCAGAUUACCAGACACAAUUAAUUUAGGUGAAUUAUAUCUCACCAUGAAAGAUCCAGACAAAGGAAUUAAAGAAAUUAAGUUGGGGAAGGACAAAAAAGUGUAUAAUCAUUGUUUUACAGGUACUUGUGUAAUUGAUUGGUUAGAAGCCAGUAAAUCAGUCAGAAACCGCCAAGAGGGACUUGUCUUGGCCUCCUCCAUGCUCAAUGAAGGUCACCUUCAGCCUGCAGGGGAUGUGUCAAAAAAUGCAGCUGAAAGCUUGGCAGAAACAACAUUCCUUGAUACUACUGAGGCCUUAUAUUACUUUCCAGAUAGUGGAUUUUUCUGUGAAGACAACUCUAGCGAUGAUGAUGCAAUUGUCAAAGAGGAAUUCCGAGGAAUAAUAGUGAAGCAAGGAUGUUUACUGAAGCAGGGGCACAGAAGGAAAAACUGGAAAGUGAGGAAAUUUGUCCUCAGAGAGGACCCCGCUUACCUGCACUACUAUGAUCCAGCCUCAGGGUAUGAAGAUCCAUUGGGAUCUAUACAUUUGCGAGGCUGCGUUGUGACUGCUGUAGAAGCAAAGAGGCAAGAAGCGGAUGGGAAUCUUUUUGAAAUCAUCACAGCAUCUGAAGUGCAUUACUUCCUGCAAGCGGCAUCCGCAGAAGAGCGGAAAGAGUGGAUUAAAGCCAUUCAGACUGUCGCCAAAAUCGGAAAAUAAGACCACACAAUGAAAGAUCUAGAAUUCAAGAUUUCAAUAUAUAUGAACCCAAUUCUGGAGAUGCUGUGUCCCUAAUAAGGACAUGAAGGAAAGGAUAAAUUAAUAAGAAAUGCAUUUGAAAUAUUUGAAAAAAAAGUUACAUACAAUACAUAGAACAUACAAUUUAAUACAUGCUUUUGGUGUAUUUUGAUGCACUUUGAAAAAAAACCACCAUAAUAAAUUCUCUGAAUAUGCUGUU